AGAAACCGUCAGUCAGUGCAGACCAGCGCUCGAAUCGUUUCGCUGGUUCCCUACCGUUCCGCUUACCAUCCACUCGAACACGUUACACGCCGUCGCAUAAUUAUUUUCAAAUCGAAAUUGUUUAUCAUAAAGGUAUAUAUAAUUUUUUUCACGUUUUGUUUUUGUGUUCCGUGCUGUAGAUCAAAAACAAAAGAAAAAAGAAAAUAAUAAUAAAAGACAAAAAAAAAAAAAUUGAAGAAAAUACGGUUAAACGACAUGGUCGUCUGGUCCCAGUGUUUCGUAUUAAUAAUAGGCCGAGAAUGUCCCUUGGGCACAGCUCCAACGUGAAGCCGCCACCGUUGUUUUCGUAUUUAUCAUAACACAAUAUCUAGAUUUUCGUUUAAAAUAAAUAAAUAAAAAUAAAAUAUACGAAUUACGUAUGUAUACGUAGACUGCGGUAUAUUAUACCCGAUACACCUACAACGACGGUAUAUAUACAUUAUAUAAUACAGUAUAAUCGCAUAUAUUCGUUACAUUAUAUACAUCCGAAUCACCGACAAGCCACUCGGACGUUGAAUAUAAUUUUUUUCUCUGAUAAAAAUUUAAUAUUAAAAUAUUAAAAACGAAAUCGUGUGGUCGGUUAUUGGAGCUGUCUUUAUAUUGUAACGCGAGCGCAAUCGCUUCUACUACUACUACAACUGCUUAUAUUAGUCGUCAUUCGAACCGAAAUUCAGCGAAUCUGAUGCAUGGAUACGUUGACCAGAAACAUGCCGUCCAAAAAGCAGUACAACCUCGUGCCCAACGAUGAUUACGACACUAGAAUACCUAUGCAUCCGGAAGAGGCGUUCGAGCACGGUAUUACAUUCCACGCCAAGUUCAUUGGAUCUCUGGAUGUUCCCAGGCCAGUGAACCGGGUCGAAAUAGUGGCAGCCAUGAGGCGGAUUAGAUACGAGUUUAAAGCUAAGGGCAUAAAGAAGAAAAAAGUAUCUAUAGAAGUUUCCGUCGAAGGUGUCCGUAUUACUUUAAGAAAGAAAAAAAAGAAAAAACAAUGGACGGACGAGAAUAACCUGCUUCUAAUGCAACAUCCUAUUUAUAGAAUAUUUUACGUUUCUCACGAUUCUCAAGACAUGAAAAUAUUCAGUUACAUAGCUAGAGAUGGUUCCACCAACGUGUUCAAGUGUAAUGUGUUCAAGGCAAAUAAAAAGAGCCAAGCGAUGCGAGUGGUGCGGACGGUGGGCCAAGCGUUCGAAGUGUGCCACAGAGUCAACCCGUCCGAAGACGGCGGCGACAGGGACGAGGACGGGACGACGUCGUACAGACGUCGCGACGACGACGACGAUGACGACGACGAUUGCGACGACGACGACGACGACGAUCCCCGAGGAGACGAUUCGGGCGACGAGGACGACGAGGCGGACGACGGUUCCAUGUCGAAACGAGACACAUUCGAAAAUCAAGGUAGACUGGAAACAUCUGUCGGAAACGAUUCUGUUUCAUCAUUGGACGGAGCUAGAAGGGACGGAGGCCCUAAUGACACACAACGACCUUUACGACUAGAUAUCAUUCCACCACCAUCGGCCUCGUCAGUCAACCACAGACGUUCCUCGCCAAUGAACGGCAGUGAAGUAUUUAGCUCUCCAAUGACUGAAACAUCAAAAGGCGACGGUGUCCCAUUGUCCUCUUUGAGCGUACAACAUGAAAUGCAAUUAUUGCGCCAGCAACUAGACCAACAAACGCAUCAGACACAAGCUGCAGUGGCUCAAGUGCACAUGCUCAGGGACCAGUUGGCGGCCGAAACCACCGCCAGGAUGGAAGCUCAGGCGAGGACACACCAGCUUUUGGUGCACAACAAGGAACUGCUGGAUCACAUCGCUUCGUUGGUGUCGUUGCUGCACGACCAGGAAAGGAUCAGAAGUGAAAUGCAACACCAUUCGCUUCCUCCGCAUCCCAUGAUGUGCGACUUGCCGACACCAUCAUCCGCACCGGCGUCCUACCUGCCGGAAUUGCCACCGCCGUCGCCCCGGCACAGGGCCCCGGCGUACCACAUGCCCAUGAACUUUGACUUCAACUUCAGUCAGCCCGCGCCGACGGUCGACCAACAGUUUCAAGCGCAGCUAUUGCAGCGGCUCCAGUCGCUGACCGGCACGAUAGCGGCGAACAGCGCGUCCGCCGCGGGCCCGUACCAACAACAGCGACCCGCGGCGUACCAACCGCACCUGUACGCGCCAUCCGCGCACCAGCAGUCACAGUCCACGUCGCCGACGCACAUCAACUGCAGGCCGUUGUCGCAGUCGUCGUACUCGUCGUCGCCGGUGGCCAGUCGGGCUGGCGUCGACUGUUGCGGCGGCACCACAAACGACGGCAUCAUCAAACCGCUGUCGGACGAUCGGCAGGUGACGGUGGUGGUGGUCGACGACCGGACCGCCGGCGAACCGUCACCGCCGUCGCCGCACCACCCGGAACCGCCGGAACCGUCGACGGUGCUAUCGCCGCCGCCGCCCGGCAAGCAGCAAAAGUCGUUGCUGAAGGUGUCGUCGUCGUCGUCGUCGCCGACCAGUGGUGCCAGCCGAGCGGCCGGUAAAAAGUCCGCGUCCGUGGUGGGCAACGGCCCGAUAACGAGGUCGACCAGUGAAAAGGUGCCCAACAAGAGCAAUCUGAUGAGCCAAGUGCACAGGACCACCUGGGCCCGACACACCACUAAAUAGAUCCGUCCGGGAAAUCCGUGCACGUUGUAAAUGUGUUUUUUUCACCGCGGCCGAGUGCAAUACAAUAUAUAUAUAUAUAUAUAUAUAUAUGUGUGUGUGUGCGUAUGCAUGUGCAUAUUAUAUACACAUUAUGCACAUCUACUCUUAAGCAUACAAAAAUGCAAUAAAACCGCAUUGAGGUUAUGUGUAUGUGCGUGUAUGCGUGUACAUCCAGGUGAUUCUUUUAUGCCGCGAACCACUCAUUAUUUUAAAAACAAUUCACCUGUUUAUGAAAAUAUUUCUUUUACACAACUGUGAGUGAUAAAAAGACAAAAAUGUUGAAAAAAAAAAUUUUUUACUAUUUUUUAUCGUUAUAGUUUUGUACGUACAAUAACAUACCGUUUUGAAUUUUAUACUCCGAAGCUGAAUAUUAUUCGUAGUAUUUCGGUGUAUAAAAAUCAAAUUUUGGACGAAUAAUAGUUUAUUAUGAGUAUAUUAGUACUUAAAGUUUAGACGAGCGGAGUAAUGGACCAACAUUUUGAUCUCUAGAUACAAAAAUACGCCGAAUAAUAUUUUGCUUUGGUAUAUGAAAUGGACACUAUCGUACAAAAAUUAAAAAAAAAAAGAUUUUUUAAUAAAAAAAAAUUUAUUUUGAAAUAAUGAAUGAUCAAUGAUAAAUAAAUCACUCUACAUGUGUAUAUAUUUAUAUAUAUUUAUAUUUCUAUGUAUAAUAUAUUUAUGUAUGUAUAUGUUAAAAUUUUACAUAAUAUAAUAUGUAUAAUGUGAACGGAAUAUCGGGAAUUUCGAUUUUCGCUGGACGGUAUAAUAAUACACUAAUAUUAUUAUUAUUAUUAUUAUUACGGUCAUAAGACAUCAAAUGCAACUUUAUAAUAUAAUAUUUAUCUGGUCGCGAAAGCGUUUUGUUAUGUCGUCGACGAUAUCAUAUUAUUAUUAUUAUUAUUACUAUUAUUCCGAUAAAACCGAUAUUAUGUUUUUGUUAUGUAUCAUAAUAUAUUAUUAUUACUAUUUCCCGCUAUGCCUACCGCCAAUUCGUGACUGUUGAAUUUUUAUAAUAUAACAUAAAAUAAAAAAAAUAUUUUGAUACAAAAAUGAAUUAUCAAUUGUUUGUUUUGGUUAUGUUAUGUUGAAAUUAUAAAAUUUUAUUUUACUACACUCAUUACCUAUAUUAUAAUAUUACUUUGGGACGUCUGGGUUCUGAUCAGUAUCCAUUUCCAUAAUUUUUUUAUGCCUUAUACGAAUACUUAUCGACAAAUUCGAGUCGAUCGAUAUUUAAUAUCAUAGCGUUAUAAUAAUAUACUAUAUAUAAUAUAUGGCAUAUUUACUUACAUCUUACAUAUAGAACGAAAUCGAGAAUAAUAACUGCAAAUGAGGUAAACUAAGUUUGGUAACUGUAAUGUAUGGUAUUUUAAGAAAUAUACUUCAACAAUGUUUUUUUCACCAGUUGACAGUAUUCGACCGUUUUAUAAUAUUAUUGGUAUAAUAUGACGUGUCGUCAAUGUUUGUACGAAGUACGAACUAAAAAACGAAAUAAAGUCAUAUGCACUCUACGACAGACUGACUAUUUUAUUAAUGUUUUAAUCUUAAUGGAAUUGUAUUGUUGUUAUUACCUAUGUUAAGCCAUGUAUAUGAUUAUGAAUAUGAAAUGAAGAGUACAUUAUUUUUUAAAUAAAUUUAAUAUUUGUA